AUGAACCCUAUUAAUUCUCUAGCGUUUGAUCUUCAUAGUGUCAAGCUCGCAGACCCAAAUUCAGAUACUACUGUGCUGUCAACUAGCAAUACUCCAACGAUGAACAAUACUGCACCUUUACAAAGGACCGUCUCUCUUGUGGAUUCCAUUGGCAUCCAAAGAGCGUCAUCCCCAUUUGUACCAGCAGACAAUAAUGUAAUUGAUGGGGCUGCUACUGUUUCGAUCAAUGCAUAUGGUCCUGAAAUUACUGGAUCUAACCUACAGAUACCUAUCAAUCAAGAAGGCAGUAAUGCGUUUAAUGCGGCAUCUAAUUUACAUAUGAGCGCCAACAGUCCUUCUAUCAUCAAUAGUCAAUCGAAGGUGUUACCAAAUAUGAGCUCCUGCCUUUUUCAUCCAACGGGGCUUGCCCCCAAUGUUAAUAACCAACCUCCACCUCCUGGUAUAGAGUCACAGUGGAAAUAUAUUGACUCGAAUGGUAAUGUUCAGGGACCUUUUGGUACCAAUAAUAUGUCACAGUGGUAUCAAGGAGGGUAUUUUACUCCAACCUUGCAGAUUUGCAGAUUAGCAACAUCCGUUGAGCCCUUUGGUGUAAAUGAUCGAUUCGUCACCUUAGGUGAAUUAACUACCCUGGUUAACAAUUAUCAGGAUCCGUUUGCCACCUUUGAUUUUAUUGUAAUCACAGCCUUGAAUGAUGCUUUACCUAUCGUAUCAAAUGUAUCAAAAGACCAAAAGGUUGAAACAAGAAAUUUGAAACCCGCAGCUAAUGUGCAUAGUGAUGAUUUUACGUACGAGGAAAUCCUGGGGCUUAAGUAUGAAGAUGGAAGCUACUAUCGGGAAACUCAAGUUUGGGUUCCUGUUAACGGCCGUCAUAUCAUGAAAGUAGAGCACAUACCAGAGAAUUUUAAAAAACCUGCACCUGCAACCGAACUUGCCACUAGACUUGAACAGAAAGCUGUCCAAGGUGAGGAAAACUUUCAAGAUAAGCGAGAAGCACCCCCAGAAGCAUGUAAGACUCUUCCAAACAAAACGAGUGGAGAAGAGCACAUAGUGAACACUUCCACUGAGGAAAAUCAAGAAGUUCGACAUGCGGAGGAAAAAAACAUUCCAUCCGAUCAAAUUCAGCCAAAGGAUGAAGAACCAGACGUUAAAGAUAGGAUGUCAGAUAUCAAGGAGCCAGAAAGCUACGACGCGACCCAAAUCUCUUUUGAAGAACAGAAAAGGUUCGCGAAAUCUGAACUUAUGGCUCAAAAACUACUCGAAGAGCAACGGAGGCAAGAAGAAGAAAAGAAGAGUAGAGAAGAACAGCGUAAGUUGAAAAAGGAAAAGAAGUUAAGGCAGAAACAGAAAAAGGAAGAAGAUAAAUUAAUGAAGAAGAAGAAGGAAGAGGGUAAAUUAGAGAAGGAAAAGCAUAAGGAACUGUUAAAUAGCAUUUUGGAUGGUCAAAUGGUCGCCUCACCGACUGAAAGUCCCGUCACUUUCUCGAGCACCAAUUUAGCUCCCUGGGCUAAUAAACAAAGCGACAAUGUCAUUUAUAAUCAGAUUCCCUCGGCAUUAGAAGAUUUGAAGAAGAAUAACUCCUUUAAGAAAGAAAAAAAACCUAGCCGUACUCAGUUAGACCGCGAAGAAGCACUAAAAUUACAAAAGGAAAUAUUAGGCUCCACGCAAACUCAGCCGACCGCCCGCACUGGUUCGGUUUGGGGCAUAAAACCACAUCAGCCAGUCAAGCUUGACAUUAAAGAAGAAUUGAUGAAGAGCUCAAACAACAGAAACGAUCAACCUGCAAUUAGCAAGCUCAAAAUGGCCAAGAAUGGCGACACCAAAUCGGAUUCUACUUUUAUUGAAGAGCAGAAAAAGUUGUGGGAACAAGUUCAAAAGAAAUCCAAAAAAUCAAAUCGAAUUAACUCGCUAGAUGAUUUUGUUUCAGGAACACCUUCCCCAUCUUCCUCAGCAUCCAACUUUUCAAAGGGUAGUAAUGCCUGGACUACGGUUUCUUCUAAGAAUACCACCAACACAACCGUCGCCCCUGUUUCUCUAAAUCAAUCAAGAUCAUUUGUUAGUCCCGACAGAUUACGUUCUUCCGGAGCAACAACCACUAUGACAAAAACUAAGGCAGGUGGAAAGAGUAAGCAAAUUGGUUCAUCUACUAGUAUCCCUACUCUAAAAGCACGUCAAGUUAAAGCGUCACGAGUUCCCGCCUAUCCUGGCAAUGCUUCAGUCUCUAAGCGUCAGGAAUUCUUAAAAUGGUGUCGGUCUCAAUUAAAAUUAAACUCUAGCGCUCAACCUGAUAAUGUUUUAGAAAUGUUACUAAGCUUGCCCCCAGGUUCAGAGUCCAAGGAAAUUAUUGCCGACACCAUAUAUUCCUAUAGCUCAACCAUGGAUGGUAGAAGAUUUGCCGCUGAUUUCAUCAACAAGCGUUUAAAAUGCGAAGAACAGAUUAGCGAUCCUUUAAGCUGGAGUGAAGUAUUAACUAUGCCUGAAGGCAGCUCUGAAGAUUGGGAAUUUCAAAUUGUCGGUAAGAAGAAGGGAAAACGGUUUUGA